AUCCGCCGCUCGAUCCGCAGUCUCCAUCUCCUGCCGGUGUAACCAUCGUGAACUCCUAAAGGACAAGAGACCGUGCUACGGCCACAUUACCAGAUUAUUUUAUCAGCAGAUCGUCAUCAGACAUGGAAGCAGCCUCCCCCUCCAGUCAGUGCAGUUACAGUUAUGAGAAGUACAAAGAGACGGCAGACUGGUUGUUAACACAAACAGAGAGGCGUCCCAAAGUGGCCAUCAUCUGUGGUUCAGGCCUGGGUGGUCUCGCCGAACUGCUAGAUGAUAAGACCAUCUUCCCAUAUAAAGACAUUCCAUAUUUUCCUACCAGCACUGUUCAGGGCCAUGCAGGUCAGCUGGUGUUUGGGAAGCUGCAGGGCUGCGAGUGUGUCUGCAUGAAGGGGCGAUUCCACUUCUACGAAGGCUACAACAUUCACACGGUCACCUUCCCGGUUAGAGUUUUCUUCUUACUGGGUGUGGAAAUUCUCAUUGUGACGAAUGCUGCAGGUGGACUCAAUGACAGUUACAGUGUAGGAGACAUUAUGCUUAUCAAGGAUCACAUCAACAUGCCUGGGUUUGCUGGGCAGAACCCUCUGUGUGGGCACAAUGAUGCAAGGUUUGGAGUGCGCUUCCCUUGCAUGUCUGAUGCAUAUGACCGAGAGCUGAGGGUCCUAUCAAAGCAAGCAGCAAAGGAGCAGGGCUGUGACAGCUUCCUGCAGGAAGGCGUUUACUGCAUGCUAGCUGGACCGACAUAUGAGACUAUUGCAGAGAGCAGAGUUCUGCAGAAGCUUGGGGCUGAUGCUGUGGGUAUGAGCACUGUUCCUGAGGUGGUGGUGGCUCGUCACUGUGGAAUGCGUGUUUUGGGUCUGUCCCUCAUUACAAACAAGGUUGUGACAGAUUACGAAAGCAGCGAAAGGGCAAACCAUGAGGAGGUGCUGAGGACAACUGAACAUCGAGCACAGGACCUUCAGAGGCUUGUCAGUCACCUCGUGACUAAACUCUAACGUCUUCCCAUCUGAGAUGUGUUUGAACAAAAAAGUAACUGAAGUUCCUCUGUUGUUGUAGCUUUGAUCAAAAGGUUGGAAAUAACAUGCAAACAGGAAGUCUUUAUGGUCUUUGAAGAUAGCUUUUUCCAUAUUAUUGGGUGAGACAAUGAGUUUUAACAUUUUAAGUUUUCGA